CAAUGAGCGCCGGCGAACUGAGGCGGAAAGCUCAAUUAGAACGCAUGCGCCGUUACGCCAUUCCGGUGCUAGGGGUGCCCGCACUGGGCGGGAAUUCUAGAGCUUUAGCGGCGGUAGCGCGCGGUUUUUCAAUCCGAUUGUUUCACUCCGUUAGGUUUUGGGUCGGCGGAUCGCAGCCAUGAGCCUCUGGCUGGACAAAUACCGGCCGACCUCGCUCUGCAAAGUAGACUAUCACCGAGAGCAGGCGGCGCAGCUUCGCAAUCUGGUUCAGUGUGGUGAUUUUCCUCAUCUCUUAGUUUAUGGGCCUUCAGGAGCUGGAAAGAAGACAAGAAUAAUGUGUUUACUAAGAGAGCUGUAUGGUUCUGGAGUAGAAAAACUGAGGAUUGAACAUCAAACUAUAACAGCACCCUCUAAAAAGAAAAUUGAAAUCAGCACUAUUGCAAGCAACUACCAUCUUGAAGUUAAUCCAAGUGAUGCAGGGAACAGUGACCGAGUUGUAAUACAGGAGUUGCUGAAGACAGUUGCACAGUCACAGCAACUUGAGACAAAUACUCAACGUGAUUUUAAAGUGGUGCUAUUGACGGAAGUGGACAAGCUUACAAAGGAUGCCCAGCAUGCAUUGCGAAGAACAAUGGAGAAAUAUAUGGCCACCUGUAGAUUAAUUCUUUGUUGCAAUUCUACAUCAAAAGUCAUUGCACCCAUCAGGAGUAGAUGCCUUGCAGUGCGAGUCCCCGCUCCAAGUAUUGGAGAUAUCUGUACCAUUUUAUCAAAUGUUUGCAAGAAGGAAGGCGUGACUCUUCCUCAAGAAUUGGCUCGGAGAAUUGCUGAAAAAUCUGGGAGGAAUCUCAGAAAGGCUCUUCUGAUGUGUGAGGCAUGCAGGGUACAGCAGCUUCCUUUCACGCCUGAUCAAGACAUUUCUGAGGCUGACUGGGAAGUAUAUUUGAGAGAGACAGCCAAUGCUAUUGUCAGUCAGCAGACACCCCAGAGACUAUUUGAAGUCCGUGGGCGACUUUAUGAACUUUUAACUCAUUGUAUUCCUGCAGAUAUUAUAAUAAAGGGCCUUCUGUCUGAACUUCUGAACAACUGUGAUGGGCAACUAAAAGGAGAAGUCGCACAAAUGGCAGCUUUCUAUGAGCACCGCUUACAACUGGGCAACAAAGCUAUUUAUCACCUGGAAGCAUUUGUAGCCAAAUUCAUGGCCCUUUAUAAAAAAUUUAUGGAAGAUGGACUUGAAGCUAUGAUGUUCUAAUGCAUAGCUUUGAGAAUAUUCAUCAUUUGUGAUUCUGAACUGCAAAUCACAAGAAUUUUACUGUAUCUAGGCAAUAAAAUCAAAAUUGUUAAAUUUCA